GUCUUUCUGGCUCGCGCUCCCUCCCAGCCUUCCUUCUGGUCCUCUUGCUUGACCCCCACGGCUCUCCUCACCUGCCAACAUGGAUGCCAUCCAGAAGACUAUUAUCGAUCCCCUCCAGCCCUUGCUCCGUCCUGUGGUUUCGGCAGUCCCUGAACCGGUUCACGAUGCGAUCGUCUCGCUGAUCGGCCCGUCCUGCCACAACGCCCUCGUGGUCGACCUGGAUGUCAGCAAGGACCCCGCCUGCACCUCCCUGGCCAUCUCCAAGGCCCUGGGCAUUGCGAUUGUCGGUGCCAGUGCCAUCGUCAAGGUGCCCCAGAUCCUGAAGCUCAUCAGCUCUCGCUCGUCCGCCGGUGUGUCGUUUGUGUCGUACGCUCUCGAGACGGCCAGUCUUCUCAUCACGCUUUCGUACAGCGUGCGCAACCGGUUCCCCUUCAGCACCUUUGGUGAAACGGCGUUGAUUGCGGUGCAAGAUGUGGUGGUCGGUGUGCUGGUGUUGACUUUUGCGGACCGGUCCACUGCGGCCGCGGCGUUCAUUGCCGUCGUGGCUGCCAGUGUGUACGCACUGCUGUUUGACCAGACUCUGGUGGAUGGACAGACCAUGGCUCUGCUGCAGGCUGGAGCUGGAGCUUUGGGCGUGGCGAGCAAGGCCCCGCAGAUCUACACCAUCUGGCGCGAGGGCGGCACUGGUCAGCUGAGUGCUUUUGCGGUCUUUAACUACCUCGCCGGCUCCCUCUCCCGUAUCUUCACAACCCUUCAGGAGGUGGACGACAAGCUGAUUCUGUAUGGAUUCAUCGCCGGUUUCUCUCUCAACUUGAUCCUGGCCACCCAGAUGCUGUACUACUGGAACAGCCCGACCAAGUCGCAGAAGUCGAAGAAGUCAGAGAAGUCUCAGAAGAAGGCGAAGCCCGUUGCGGCCGCGACCCCCGCGAAGGCACCGGCGACCGCCACCAGCUCGAGCGCGUCUCCCAAGCCAUCAGGCAAGACGCCCACCACCCGGCGACGGGGCUAGGUGCUUUGUUUUCUGCCUCAUUCUUCCAUAGCACUUUUAAUCUAGAUUGUU